GAGUUCGACCCCCGGCUCGGCGGCGUCUGCGUCUCGGCUCCGGCGCACGAUGCGGCUCCUGCUGGCGCUCCUGGUCCUCGCCGUCGCCCGGCCCUGGGCCCGCGCUGCAGACGAACACUGGUGCUACGAGAUUCAAAAGAAAACUGAACCCAACUGCUUGGGGCCUAAAGAAUGGAAAUGGGAUUGCCAGAAGAAGCGCCAGUCCCCUAUCAACAUCAUCGCCUCCAAUGCGGAGGUGAAGAAAGAUCUGGGGUUAUUCUCUUUCUCCUCUUAUGAGAAGAAGAAGAAGUGGAAUGUCACCAACAACGGGCACACAGUAUUGAUUGACCUGAAUAAGGAGGCCAAGAUCGAGGGUGGAGGACUGAACACUGAGUACCAGGCCACGCAGCUACACUUCCACUGGUCCCGAAAUCUGACCGGAGGCUCUGAGCACAGCAUAAAUGGGGAGCACACAGCCAUGGAGAUGCACAUAGUCCACCAGAAAAAGCAGCUGACCUCCAAGAGCCAGAGAGCCUCAGAGAAUACCUCAGAGGACAUUGCUGUGCUGGCCUUCCUGGUGAAGGUUGGAUCCCAGAAUGAUAACUUCCAGCCCCUGGUGGAUAUUUUGCCUACUAUCUCCAAACCCAACACCAGCACUGCCAUGAAUGAGCCUGUCAGCCUGUUCGACCUGAUCCCCGAAAAGGAGAAGCUGAAGGACUAUUUCCGCUACUUGGGCUCUCUUACUACCCCAGAGUGCAGUGAGACAGUCGUCUGGACCGUGUUCCAGGAGCCCAUUUAUCUUGGCAAGGAUCAGGUAUUGCCCUUCUCUGAGAAGCUGUUCUACGACAAGUCCAGAAAGAAAAACAUGACUGACAACGUCCGGCCCCCCAUGCAGUCCCUGGAAGGGCGCUCCGUGUACAAGUCCUACAGUUCGGCAGCUCCAGAGCGGCUGCUGCCCUUGGCCUUGACCACUCUGCUGGUGCCUGCUCUCGCCUACCUGACUGCUGGCUCCCUCUGACAAGGAAGCCAUCUGACAGGGGAGCUUUGAAGGGAUCCCUUUUAGAUGCUUCAUUCACCCCCCCAAGCCCUCAGAGACUUGGGCCU